UGGAUUUGUGACGCUGUCAUGACAGGCAAAAAAAGGAAGCUGGCUCAUAUGACAAUUUCAAUUGCUUUGUGGUCGCGUCCUCAAAAACACUUUGAAUGAGAAAGCCAGAGGUCCCGCCCCUCUGACCUUUUCAAAUGGGAAGGAGGUGAGGGGAGAGGACGCAACUGGUCACUUGAGAUUCUUUCCUUGAUAUCUACUCGAGUCCUUUAUACACAGAGUUGCGUUGACACAGCACAGAGCAAGCACGUUUUUCCGUGUCAGCCAAGGCAGCAUCGUGUCUUUGUGCUACAGGAGCGACUCAGACAGAAUCAUAGACAUUGAAUAGAAAAAAACAACGCAAGGAGAGACACAGACAACAAGCUAAGAUCUGUGUCCCCACAGUAUCGAGCAAUGUCUAGUUUAAAGAAAAGAAAUUCGAAUUCGUCAGUCGACCGGGAUGUGGAAGACAAGGAGGUUACGGAGAAGAUGCUCUCUCCGGCCGGAGGGGAGAAUGGAAACUCGAGCCGAACGGGAGGCGCACCAGGAAGCCCGGACAAGGUAUCUGUACCCGGCAAAGAUAAGGUUGUCCUAGAGAGAACCAUUACCCUGGUGAACGGCGUAGCUAUCAUUGUGGGUACCAUUAUCGGCUCGGGUAUCUUUGUGACCCCGACUGGAGUGGUAAAGGAAGCCGGGUCAGUCGGACUGUCCCUUGUCGUUUGGGCAGUGUGUGGAGUGUUCUCAACCAUAGGUGCCCUGUGCUAUGCUGAGCUGGGCACCACUAUUUCCAAAUCAGGUGGAGACUAUGCUUACAUCCUUGAAGUGUAUGGUUCACUGCCGGCUUUCCUGAAAUUGUGGAUCGAGUUGCUAAUCAUCCGGCCAUCAUCGCAGUACAUUGUCGCGUACGUCUUCGCUACCUACCUCCUCAAGCCCAUUUUCCCUGACUGCCCAGUGCCCGAGAAUGGGGCGAAGCUGAUAGCCUGUCUUUGUAUCUUGCUGUUGACUGCUAUAAACUGCUACAGUGUGAAAGCAGCCACGCGGGUCCAGGAUGCCUUCGCUGCUGCCAAGCUCCUUGCCUUGGGCCUCAUCAUUAUUGUGGGCUUUGUGGAGAUUGGCAAAGGUGACACAGUCAACCUCCUACCAGAAAAUUCUUUCAAGAAUUCAAAUUACGAUUUUGGGAACAUUGGUCUGGCCCUGUACAGUGGUCUGUUUGCCUAUGGGGGCUGGAAUUACUUGAACUUUGUUACAGAAGAAAUGAUUGAACCUUACAAGAACCUGCCUCGUGCAAUCAUCAUUUCCCUUCCCAUCGUCACUGUGGUGUACGUACUAACUAACCUGGCCUACUUCACUACUCUGAGCCCAGAUGAGAUGCUCAGCUCUGAGGCAGUGGCUGUGGACUUUGGAAACUACCACCUGGGCCCCAUGGCUUGGAUCAUCCCUGUGUUUGUGGGACUGUCCUGUUUCGGCUCCGUCAAUGGCUCUCUCUUUACAUCAUCCAGGUUGUUCUUUGUGGGCUCAAGAGAGGGCCACCUCCCCAGUCUGCUGUCCAUGAUCCACCCCAACCUGCUGACUCCUCUGCCGUCACUCAUCUUCACAUGUCUGAUGACGCUGCUAUACGCCUUCUCCAACGACAUCUUCUCCGUCAUCAACUUCUUCAGUUUCUUCAACUGGCUCUGUAUUGCCAUGGCGAUCAUUGGCAUGAUGUGGCUGCGCUACAAGAAACCUGAGCUGGAACGACCAAUCAAGGUGAAUAUCCUGCUGCCUAUCAGCUUCGUCCUGGCUUGUAUGUUCCUUAUCGUGGUGUCCAUCUGGAAAACCCCUGUGGAGUGUGCCAUCGGCUUUGGCAUCAUUGCCACGGGAGUGCCAGUCUACUUUAUUGGCGUUUGGUGGCAAAACAAGCCCAAAUGGCUCCUUCAAUUAAUCUUCUCUUCCACGGCGCUGUGCCAGAAGAUGAUGGAGGUGGUACCACAGGAGUCCUAAAGUGGAGAUAAAUCGAUGAAGCCCUUUACCCUACCCCCCUGCACCCCUACCCCUGCCCCCAGUGUACACCCUAACUCAGCCCCUAUCAAUGUGUUCUUCAAGCACACUCCAAUCAUUCCCCCUGAUCUGAUCUAGUGAAGGAGAGCCAUGCUGCAGACUGGUUUACAUGUCAGAGCCCCUCCUUCAUUCCUCCGCACCAGGCAGGGGCACGGCCACCUCCACGCUACUCAUAGGCCGUUUGAUAAGUGCUGGGAUAUAUUCAGACAGGUUUUCACUGCAUAGUAUCCGUUUAAAAGGGCCAAUACAGUCAAAACAUGGUGAUCCUGUGUUUUAUAAUUCCAUACUACGAGGUUGGAAUAAUACUGUGAAAAUUAUCAUAAUGCCCUUUUCGUGAAGAGCUAUUUGAAAAGACUACCUGAAAUGUCUGCUUGUUUUGGUGGGAUGGAACUUUGGCCUGGCUAGUGACAUCACCAGGCUGUAAUUUAGUUAAUAGACCAAUAAGAAAGAGAUUUCCAAAAAUCUCUGCCAACAGCUAGUUGUCAGUUUUCCCCUCCCCACUCAGAACAUUCCCAGUCAGUCCUAGCAAAAGUCUUGCUUGAGAAAUUGUUCUUUGCUAAGAAGCAAUUAUUAUUAUUUUUGACAAUUUUCAUUGAAAACAAUCACAGUAAGGUACUUAAUUUUUACCCUGAAAUGAUUUGCUAUUGAGAAAAGAAAAAAACUGCUGCAUUGGACCUUUACAUUUUUUGUUGAUUUGUAUUUUUGAAUAUCUUUGUACUCUUAUCCCACCAUGACCCACAAGUGUUGUUUUUAUAAGAAUGAUGUUACUUUUAUUUUUCAUAUUUGAGUUGCAGAGAAAUGUCCUCUUGUUCAAACUAUUAUUUCACUGAGGGUUUAGCAUCCGUGUGUUCAUGUAAUUACAAUCUGUGCUUUCAUGGAGUUGUGAUGGAUACUUGUGGCCUGGCUUUUUGCCAAUUCCUUGUAGGCUAAAGCUAGAACUUCAUGGUAGACUCACUGUUUGUCAGUAGUUCUGCCAUUACCCAUUCAGGGAGUCAACUGCUUCCCAGUAGAGUAUCAUCUCUGUGUUGCCAUGGCUUCUAUUUCAGCACCUUACAGGCUGUAUAACGCAGCCAUUAUGUGUGGUCAUCUGGAUGUGUCUAAAUAUCUGUGUAUAUUUGUGUUUUCUGAAUGCUUUUAUGUUUUCAGCUUUUGGGCGGGAAGUAUUAAUGUAUUUGUAAAGAGUAGCCAAACAUGAAGGCCCCACAAAUAACAUUUGCUUAAACUAGUGCCUCUGAAGCCAAAGGCUAUUCAGUUCCCCGACUACAGACACAGUACAACUCAUCUGACCCCAGAGAAGCUGAAGACAGAGGUAGACAGGUAAAUGCACGUGUAACAGCGAUUGGAGGAGUGUCAGUGGUGUACUUCUUAUGUGAUAGCACCCCUCCCCUCGGCAUCUAUGGCAGACCAGACUGGUUCACUGCGCCUAGACUGUACACGAUGGAAAUCCCUGCUUUGGCAGUUAUUUUUUUAAAUUCUUUGUAGAUAUGAAUUUCUACUUGAAUUAGUUUAUUUUUAUAGGUAGAUGCAGUGGAGCUUUUUUUAAUGCUGUCAAUUAACAAUUUUGUAAAUCCAGGCAAUUCGUAAAUUCCUAUGAGAUUGCUGGUUCACAAUUAUACCAUGCAGGGGACAUUUUAAUUAAGGUCACAACGUCAUGGUUUUUUAAUACUGGCAUUAACACCAGCUUAUGAACAUAAUAGUUGCCUGCUUGAGGACUCUUAAUUUGUUCUUAGAUCACGGUUAUCUUGUGGGUAUCUGAUACACAUUGGUGUUGUUGCUAUAAUACUACUGUUAAGAUAGUGUUUUUAUAACAGAGCAGGUCGUAACAAAGGCCCCCGAUAGGAGCACUGAUGUCACAGCCACUGUUUUUACCUACGACGGCAAGGGUGGCUAAUAACCUUAGAUAUUGGGUUAGAAUGGGCCGUUGUGAGUGUGUGAGAUCAUGUGUCUAAGAAUAGGUUCAUAGCUGUGAAUAUUCUUUCUGUGUUUUAGUGCUUAUGUGUGUUUUGGUAUCCUACAUUAGAAAAGGUCUAUUGUAUGUUGUCACUACUGUCAGCUACCAACUUCAUAGAAGGAUUUCAUUAUUUUAGGGUGAUAAUGAGAUUUGUGCUGUAAAGGUUUGAUGAGGUAUGGACCAUGGUAGUGGGGGAUGGGUAGUUGCCCAGUCAAAAGGGGGAGGCAGGCAGAGCAUUCAGAGUAGAGGUUAAAACCACAUAGUCUCUGGAUACAGAUGCCUCAGGGGGAAGGACAGGAGGUGGAAAAGGGUUUGGGAAGGUUGACAAGAUUAAUUCAUUGUUCUUAUUAUUUUUGCUGAAAGGAACUGUGUUGUGUACUCUAACUGAACUCAUCCUCCAGAAGCUUGUUCCUCCACGUUGUAUCGUUACCAUGGUAAAGCGUAUGAUGUGUUGUGCUAUAGACCACGUGGUUGCUAUGGUAACGUAUAGUUCAUAAGUCUGGUCUCCCGUCAGUUUCUCGGAGGAUCUGCAUAGCAAGCUAACACUCCAGCCAUCCGAAGUCAUUUAAAUAGUACAGUAGGUUUAUUUAUUUAUUGUAGGAACUGUUAGCCUUCUAAUUUUUUGGGGUCCUUAAUUUUUUACAGGGCAUUUGUGAAAGUGCUUUAUGAAUAAAUCUUACGUUUUAUUCCA